AUGCCGCGGGGCGCCUUCUCCACAGCGGCCGAAUCCUCUGGCCUCACUCCCGAGCCACGGAGGGAGAAGGUGAAGGCGCCCAGCAAGGAGGAAACGCCGCCUGCGUCGCAGGCAUCUCCGCUUGCUUUUGCCUCGCGGAUUGGUGACCUGGUAGAGGUGAAGCGGCUCUUGGAUGCGAAGUCGGACCCGAACUCCGUAGAUGCGGUGGGUGAGACUCCACUUUUUGAGGCGGCAGCUAGCGGGGAUGUGAGCGUCUUAGCCAGCCUCCUCCUUGCUGGAGCCGAUCCAGAGCACCAGUCCUUCAUUGGCUCCUUGGCCGGUGACCUGUGCUCCAGCGAGGCAUGCGCGACGCUUCUGCGCCUGUGCUCGGGGGAGGAGGCGUCGCCCCAGGAGCGUGAGGAGGUGCUCCGGGCGCUGGCGCCGAACCUGCGCCCACCCAUCCGGUCUUUCAUGCAAAGCCUCAGUGGCGAGCCGGAUAGCGCCGAUGAAGCGCAUUUAGACAUCGACUUCGAUGCGCCGCCGCCCUUGAUUCGCAAAAACUACGAUGACGAGGACGGGGACGACUGGACCUUUGCAGCGGCGAUGGUCGAGCAGGCGCGGAAGUCGCGCGCCAAGCAGCGGCACAAGCGCAACGUGCCCAUCGAGCCCAUUGAGCUCAUCGUAUGCCACGCGCUCAAUGACCGCCAGACAACACUAAAACUCAUGAGCAACAGCACCUUUGGAGAUGCCAAGGAUGCCAUUUUGCAGCGCUUGAAGGAGGAAGGGAAGUAUUUCAGAAAGUUUUACUUCGUGAAGAAGGAGCGAAGCACGUACCAGGCGUACAAGGACUCGGACCAGAUCGGACACAUCCGGGAGGUCGCCGGCCUCUGCUGA